GUAGGAAGGAACGCUGGCAAUUGUCUCCUUUGACUUACCGGUACUUAUAGUAAUUUCCCGUGUUUGUUUCCUGGGAUGUGCUGACUCUCAGCUGCCUAAUAACCAAGCUCCUGUUACUGUGAAGAUCACGUAUAAUAGACGUCACUGCGUUUGCCAGUAAAGGGGACAACAUUAUAAGAAUAUCUGACAAAUUAAUUUGUGCUGAACAAGACAAUGUCUGUCAAGAACCAAACCUCAGACCUUCCUGAUGCACACAGAGAUGAAGAUAACGCUGAUAUAGUAAAAGUUGAGAUAACAGAAGAUCUGUGGGUGAAGCAUCAGCUGGAAGCACCAGAUGAGGAAACCAGUGACAGCAUCAGCCCAGGUCGUAUGGAUGUGAUGCCUUCAGAUGGCUCAGCAGUUGAGUACAGAGGAGAACCGUAUGUGUGUGAUCACGUGAAGACUGAGGAGGAUGAAGUUCCUAUAAAUACGGCUAUAGGUGAUGUUAAGACUGAAGUCACUCUUAAUACUGAACAGACUAAUCACCUGGAUGCUUUGAAGCAGGAAAUCAGUGACAAUAUCAGUACAGGUGAUGUUAAGACUGAAGUUACACUUAAUACUGAAAAAACAAAUGAUCUGCAUGUAAAGAGUCAGCAGGAAGCUGUGAAGCAGGAAAUCAGUGACAAUAUCAGUACAGCAACACAAACAACACAAGCAGAGCCUGUGAGGAGUACCAACGAAGUGCCCAGUUGUUCAACUUCGUCUUCUGCUGUUUACAGACCAACCGGUGCAGCUGGUUCCCGACCUUCGGCCAGUUUUUCACAUGGACAAUUAAUACGCUCCACAUCUACUGUUACACACAGUAAUUCAUCAGCGGACACACUUCCUGAUGUAAGAACCAGCACUCCAGAAACUGGUGUUGGCAGAGCAACUGGUGAUUUGGGACGUCUUUUCCAGAGAUUGACUGGACAUUCAUCUCCAUUAUUUGAUGAAGAAGAAAACUCAUCAAGGGAGAUCACUAUCAAUCUCAUGCCAAUAGUGGAAAAUCCCAUUCAAGAUGAACCACCAGGAGGGCAUGAUGGAAGCGAGACUCCAGAUAUUCUUGAAGAAUGUGGAGAUGCACAACCGGAUGAAAUACACACACCGGAAAACCUGGAGGAACCAGUUGAAACACAGGCACCACCAAUUACACAGGAAACAGGUGCUCUAAAUAUUGAUAAUACACCGGCAGAAGGACUAUUGGCCGAUGUGGGAUUAAGGGAAAUGUUGACCCUUGCAAGGCAAUAUAGAGAGGACCACAGAGAUAUGCAGAAUAUUAUAAACCCUAAUAUUGAACGCUGGGCAGCUCUGUCAGAAAAAAAUAUUGAACUAGAAAUGGAAAGGAAUGACAUUGAAAGGCAGAAAUUACAGCUGCAAAGAGAAAUGUUCCAGUGGCAGAGGCGGAUGGAUGAAGAAAACAACCUACAAAUUAAUAGAGCUUUAUCCAUCACUGAAAGGACAUUACAAUCUCUGUUGUCUAUUGUGAGUGAAAGGGAGGGUACAACAGACCCAAAAAGGCCACGUCUGCAGUGAACAUUUCAUUUAUUAUUUAUAACACCUUAGUCCCUAAAGUUGUAUUUUAUGUUAAUUGUUUUCAUUGAUAUAUUUUUUAAUUAGUUAUUAUUUGUGUUCUUUAAGUUUAAAAUGUUAUUGUUUAAUAAAGAAAAAAAAAUUUAUGCCCAAAAAA